UCAAGGCUUUUCAGCUUAGAUCAUUCGUAGACAUAGGUCAGCUCCAGGCACAUUUGUACACUGUUUUCAUUGUUCAUAAAGUAUAAAGUACAAAUUGAUUCACAUGCAAGCGAUCGCGUAUAAAUAUAUUUCUAUAUUGUAAAUCUGCAGCCAUCGCAAACGACUCAAUGUGUUGCCCCGUUUUCAAAGACAAACACAUCCAAUUUCGAGCGAGUUUCCUGAGCGAUCAGCAGAGAGCUGAGCAACAAGUGCAAAAUGAAUUUCACACCCUUCGGGAACAAUUUCCCCGGCAAUUUACCUGGACUGCCCCAGUUCACAACCAGCACGGCGCCCCUCGUCUCUUCACUAACCGCCGCCGUGGCUGAUGUGACGGUGACGGCAACCAAUAACCCGCAGCAGCAGCAGCAGCAACAGCAGGAUGCCGGAGGCGGGAGCACACGCUACCAGCAGCAACAGGCCGCCACCACGGUGGGCAUGACGCACUUCAGCCAGCCGACCAUGUCGGCGGGGCAAAGCGGUGGCAGCAGUAAGUUCCGCAGCGGGCAGGAGGAGGGUAUGCAGGGCGACAAGUACAAUGGCCACCUGGUAUCCACAGCGCAGCAGCAGCAGCAGCAACAGCCGCAGUACGCCACAGUCGCAUAUGCCAGUGCGACGGCAACGAGCGGCGCCGCCGACGCCCUCCAGGCGGGCACCUCCAGCCAGGCACAGCAGCAGCAACAACAGCAGCAGCAGAUGCAGCAGCAACAGGUUGCGGCGCCGCAGGAACUCACCCAGGAUCUGUGCAACGCCAUCCUGCAGCAGCAAGUGCUCCAGAACACCUCCUGGCAGACGCUCACGCCGGGCACCACUGUCGCCGACUAUCUCUCUCAUCUUCCGGCCAACACGCUGCCCCUGUCGCUGCACCACUUCCUCAAGUACUCGGCGGAGACGAUCAAGAAGGAGAACCAGCAGAACGUGGUGCUGCAGGUUCAAACGGGACCAGCCAUAGGGAUCAACACCAUUGGCACCACAACUAUCAGCAUACCUCAGCAGGAUCAGUUGACGCUGCAGCAGCAGCAGACGACGCUACAGGUGCAGGCACAGGCACAAGCGCAGACGCAGGCGGCUGUGGCAUCCACGUCUGCGGCGACAGGCGUCGCCACCAGCAGCAGCACCAAGAAAAAGAAGCGCAAAAAGCGAAGCAAGGACCGCAAGCCGAAGCUGCGUCCGGGCGAGAUCCGUCUGGGAACGGCACUGGACGGCAGCCCGCUGUACAUGUGCCCCGAGUGUCAUGUGGCCUAUCCGGAGCCGGAGCUCCUCGAGGUGCACCUGGUGGGCCACAACCUGGAGAAGCGGUACGUGUGCGAUGUGUGCCAGGCGUCGCUGAAGCGCAAGGACCACCUCACCCGGCACAAGCAGUCGCACAAUCCGGAGCGGCCCUACAUCUGCACCGUCUGUCUGAAAGCCUUCAAGCGCAAAGAGCAACUGAGUCUGCACUUUGUGAUCCACUCGGGCGAGAAACGGCACCAGUGCCAGGAGUGCGGGAAGGGCUUCUACCGCAAGGAUCAUCUGCGCAAGCACACCCGCUCCCACAUUGCCCGUCGUGUGAAGGCCGAGCUGAACAGCCACGUGCGGCGAGAGAACGGCACCAGCAUGCUCCAGCCGGUGGUGACGGAGGCGACCACCGCGGCGCUGCAGCACGCGAAUCAGCUGGCCAGCCAGCAGCAGCAGUUGCAACAGCAGCAGCAACAGCAGCAACAACAGCAGCAGCAGCAGCAACACCACAUCGUGAUCACCCAGCAGCAGCAGCAGCAGCAACAGCAGCAGGCGCCGCAGGUGCAGCAGCAACAGCAGCAGAUGCUAAAUUAGCCAAAUGAUUUUUGUAAAGUCAGUUAAGCAAAAUUCGAUUCCGCCACACAGCCAGCCGCCACCAGUCGCCACAAACGGCUGGCGGCCGGCCCAAAACGCAACUCUCUCGGUCCACACAAUUUAAUUGACUCCGCAAAUCGGAUUGAACACACUGGAGAAUAUCGUUGACGAUAUCAGCAGGUUCGCUAGCAAAUAUCUCGGGAGCUUCCACAUGGAAACUCCCAAUGUUGUACAAUUUUAAUGGUAAGCCACCCCCCACCAGCCGGACCAGACCUCGACGACAGUUGGGACCGUCUCCGAAUCUACUACACACACGCACAAAUCGCGACUACAUUCUAUUACCAAAAUUAACUGCUUUGCUUAAGCCCUACCUAAUACAAUCCUCAAGAAAUUAGGACUAAAUUCUAUUAGGCACUCCAAUCCAAUGCUCGUAAUGCUUUCAAAAUGGUUUACCUUCCCAUAAUCCGAUCCUUUCUUCCCACAAUCUGUUCUUAAGCCUAAAGAAGGUCCAUUCCAAAGUAUUUACACUAUCUCUUUACUAUUCAAAAUCGAAAAUCAUCGAAAGAUGGAGAGAUCCGAUCCCUAUCUAGCAUCUAGGAGUGGUGUCCCAGGUCCCAGGCCUUUGUAUGCUCCCAAAUAACAUUCCAUAGAAUACUUUAAGAGAACUGUGCAAAGGAAUAAUAGUUUUGUAAGCGAUGUAUUUUAGUGAAAUGUAUUUUUGUACAAAUUGAAUCCGUAUCGGUGUACGGUAUGGUAUGUGGCAUCUGCAUGCCGCCUGUGCGAUUACGUGAACACAUGAGAUGUCAAAUGCAGGCGCACUACAUGCGUAUAUGUAUAUUUCUAUAACCGUGUAUAUGUACAUAAUGUAAACGAUUGCAAUUUAGAUUUACACUUGCAUCUAGGUACGAAUCAGAUAUUGUGAAUUGAAUGUAUGUAUGUUUACCUUUUGCUACACCGAUAAAAGAACCACAAAAAAACAAGUGUAAAAAUGCAGUAAACAAUAUAAUUUGAUC